AUGGAGAUGUAUUUAAUGCAUGGGAUUGUGUGUGAUGAAGGGAGGAUCCACACCGACUCCCUAAACUGUGACAGUAGUCUCAGAGACAUCUUGCAGCCUUUCCAGAGGGUAUCCAGACAAAGCUUCAGUAGUUUGGUUGAUGAUGAGUACAAGGAUAUUAUCAGGCCACCACUGGUCCAGGCGAUUUUCAGUGGCGAUCCAGAAGAGAUACGGAUGUUGAUCUACAAAACCGAGGAUGUCAACGCCUUGGAUGCUGAGAAACGAACUCCUCUUCAUGUUGCAUCAUUCCUGGGAGAUGCAGACAUCAUUGAGCUUCUCAUUUUGUCAGGCGCUCGUGUUAAUGCCAAGGACAAUAUGUGGCUGACUCCUCUCCAUCGAGCAGUUGCUUCAAGAAGUGAAGAAGCAGUGCAAGUAUUGAUUAAGCACUCGGCCGAUGUCAAUGCUCGGGACAAGAACUGGCAGACACCAUUGCACGUGGCAGCUGCAAACAAGGCAGUGAAGUGUGCGGAAGUCAUCAUCCCCAUGCUGAGCAGCGUCAACGUCUCUGACCGAGGCGGGCGGACGGCAUUGCACCAUGCGGCUCUGAAUGGCCACAUUGAGAUGGUGAACUUACUCUUAGCCAAGGGGGCAAACAUCAACGCUUUUGACAAAAAGGACCGAAGAGCUCUUCACUGGGCAGCGUACAUGGGUCACCUGGAAGUUGUUGCCUUACUGAUUAAUCAUGGUGCAGAAGUGACUUGUAAAGACAAGAAGGGUUACACCCCACUUCAUGCAGCUGCAUCCAAUGGGCAAAUUAACAUUGUGAAACACCUCCUUAACCUGGGGGUAGAGAUUGAUGAAAUGAACAUCUAUGGAAAUACUGCACUUCACAUUGCCUGUUACAAUGGUCAGGAUUCUGUUGUUAAUGAGCUGAUUGACUAUGGUGCUAAUGUAAAUCAGCCUAAUAAUAAUGGAUUCACUCCCUUGCAUUUUGCUGCUGCCUCCACUCAUGGAGCACUGUGUCUUGAACUACUAGUGAAUAAUGGGGCAGAUGUUAACAUUCAGAGUAAGGAUGGGAAGAGCCCGCUGCACAUGACAGCUGUCCAUGGGAGGUUCACACGGUCGCAGACCCUCAUUCAGAACGGAGGGGAAAUCGACUGUGUUGAUAAGGAUGGUAACACCCCUCUGCAUGUGGCUGCAAGAUACGGACAUGAGCUUUUGAUUAACACCCUCAUAACCAGCGGAGCUGAUACUGCCAAGUGUGGGAUCCACAACAUGUUCCCUUUACACUUAGCGGCGCUGAAUGCUCACUCAGACUGCUGCAGGAAAUUGUUGUCAUCGGGCUUUGAAAUAGACACCCCUGAUAGUUUUGGAAGAACGUGCCUCCACGCUGCCGCUGCAGGAGGUAAUGUUGAAUGUAUAAAACUCUUGCAAAGCAGUGGAGCAGAUUUUAAUAAGAAGGACAAAUGUGGGAGAACACCUUUGCACUAUGCAGCUGCAAAUUGUCAUUUCCACUGUAUUGAGACACUGGUGACAACAGGAGCCAAUGUUAAUGAAACAGAUGACUGGGGACGCACCCCUUUGCACUAUGCUGCUGCUUCUGACAUGGACCGAAAAAAGAAUAUUUUAGGUAACUCCCAUGAAAAUGCUGAAGAACUUGAAAGAGCCAGUGAGAUGAAGGAAAAAGAAGCUGCAUUGUGUCUAGAGUUCCUUCUACAAAACGAUGCCAAUCCAUCCAUCCAAGACAAAGAGGGGUACAACACUGUACAUUACGCUGCUGCGUAUGGGCACCGGCAGUGUUUGGAACUGCUUCUGGAGAAAACCAACAAUAUGUUUGAGGAAUCUGAUUCUGCAGCUAUGAAAAGUCCUUUGCAUUUAGCUGCCUAUAAUGGUCAUCAUCAAGCCUUGGAGGUACUUCUCCAAUCGCUGGUAGAUCUGGAUAUUAAGGACGAGAAGGGACGUACUGCUUUGGACCUGGCUGCGUUUAAAGGACAUGCAGAGUGCGUGGAAGCUCUCAUUAGCCAGGGUGCUUCUGUCACUGUAAAAGACAAUGUCACCAAAAGGACCCCCCUCCAUGCCUCAGUCAUUAAUGGCCAUACACCUUGUUUACGGUUGUUGCUAGAAGUUGCAGACAACCCUGACGUGACAGACGCCAAAGGACAAACCCCACUAAUGCUUGCAGUGGCAUAUGGGCACAUUGAUGCUGUUUCUUUAUUACUUGAAAAAGAAGCAUCUGUAGAUGCAGCUGAUCUCCUGGGAUGCACAGCUUUACAUCGAGGGAUUAUGACUGGGCACGAAGAGUGUGUUCAGAUGCUGUUAGAGAAAGAAGUAUCUAUUUUAUGUAAAGACGCCAGAGGCAGAACACCUCUGCACUUUGCAGCAGCUCGGGGUCAUGCCACUUGGCUGAGUGAAUUACUGCAGAUAGCACUUUCAGAGGAAGACUGCAGUUUGAAAGAUAAUCAAGGUUAUACACCGCUGCACUGGGCUUGUUACAACGGUCAUGAAAACUGCAUAGAGGUACUAUUGGAACAAAAAUUUUUCCGCACAUUCUAUGGUAACAGUUUCUCUCCAUUGCACUGUGCCGUAAUCAAUGAUCAUGAAAACUGUGCAUCACUGCUCAUCGGAGCCAUCGAUGCCAGCAUUGUCAAUUGCAAAGAUGACAAAGGAAGAACACCCCUUCAUGCAGCAGCCUUCGCGGAUCAUGUGGAGUGCCUCCAGCUCCUCCUGAGUCACAGCGCACAAGUGAAUGCUGCGGAUCACGCAGGGAAAACACCUCUCAUGAUGGCAGCUCAAAAUGGUCACAUAGGUGCUGUAGACUUUUUGGUGAACAUUGCCAAGGCUGACCUGACAUUAAAAGAUAAGGAGUUGAAUACAUCUUUGCACUUGGCUAGCAGUAAAGGUCAUGAAAAAUGUGCCUUGUUAAUACUUGACAAGAUACAAGAACAGAGCCUUAUUAAUGCAAAAAAUAAUGCAUUGCAGACACCUCUCCAUAUUGCUGCACGAAACGGCUUAAAGAUGGUGGUUGAAGAGUUGCUAGCCAAAGGGGCAUGUGUCCUAGCAGUAGAUGAAAAUGUUUCUAGGUCAAAUGGACCACGACCCUCGCCUGCACCAGAUGUACAAAAGGAAGAAUGAGACUUUGUAAACAAAAACAAAAAACUAAACAAAAAGCUAUCAUGAACUAACCAGCUGUACCAAGAGGACCAAAAUGCUUCAGUAAUUAAAUGGAAGACUUUGAUACUUUUAUUUUUUCUUCAAAUGUGAGUGACAUAAUGAAGUAGUUUUUCUAAACCAUAAAAAUAUAAACUUUUGAGGUAAUGAGUAGUCUUGAGUGAAUUUUACAUUUUAUGACGCAAGUUUCAAGUUGACAUUUGUAACUGAUGAUGUGUUGACCACAGUUUGGUUGUUGUUUUUUUUUCCAGACUAAAGAAUAUGUUCAUAUACUUUUAAUGUAAAUGUGUUUAUAUUUAUUCAAAAUGAAACAAAUGCCCAGGAAAAAUAACUAUGGCU